AUGGAUGGUCUCAAAGGCAAAGGGAGGCGUUUGAGCGACGCUCCCUACUCUCAAGACAGCGAGGAUAUCCCGACAUAUCAAACACCCAGUGCUGGCUUCGCCAACCUGCCUUCCGACUCAAAACCCCCUUUGAAUUCGCUGGUCAAGUUCUCUCCAUCUUUCCAAUGUUACCUUGACAAGCAGGAAGGCUUCUACUACCUCGGUCCCGUCUGGUCAGAAGAACGCCUCUUUGCCUUCUCUGCUAGUGCAAGACUCCAAACCACUAUGCAACCCCUCCAUCUCCACAAUGGGCCAAGCGAGAGGGACCCCAUCAUCGUCAGGAUGACACAGAAGAACCCCCGCUCCGUCAACUUUGCAGCGACAAUCACCCUCCACGACCCGUCAGACCCACACGCUGUCGCGGAAGAGAUUUCCUAUGAAAAGCCGCUGAACCCGCGAUCCAGCUCUCUGUUUGCCUCAUGCCUUGCCUUCCGGGUCAGGGUUGGCAAAGAGGGCAGAGAAGAGGAGUUUCAAUGGAGGCGCUCGAGCGGGACAGAGGUCAAGGAGCUCGCGCGGCAUUCGAUCGGGGGCAAGUUGGUGAGGAUGUACGGCCCAAAGGCUGGCGCCGGAGGGAGCAGAAAGGCUCGUGAGUAG